AAACAAACCAUCAUUUUCCCCUUUCCCUCCAAUACAAAAAUUCUUACAAGAAUAUUUCCUUAUCUCAUCCCAAGAUUAUUUUAACAUCGUUUCAUCGAAUUCUGAUAUGCGCAGUUUCAUUUUCAACCCGAAUGAGAGAUCCAAAUAAUUCACUCGAAAUUACGAUAAUUUAAAUAUAUUCUCGGCAUAUUCUGACAAAUACGAUAAUCAAUUCAAUUUAUUAAUCGCAGAAUUAUGAUCGUAACAAAUCGACGAAAGGAUUAAACGAGGAAGAGAUCUAUCGAGUGCAUUCGAAUUCGAGCUUCGAUUCUUAUCGUUUGUUCAGUGAUUCUUACACGUGUCGUCCCUAUCGCCUCCAAAGAUAAAGAUUAAACGUGUAUACGCCAUAUACACGAAAUAAAGAAAUACAAUCGAGAUAAUAAUCCUUCGCAGCUGAGGAAGAAACAACUCCAGGAAGUUGUUGUCGAGGCGAUCGAAAGAGAGAGAGAAAAAGAAACGAUAGAAAAAGGCAGAAGAGGUACAGGAAGAGGGUACACAUCGAGGAGCCCAUGGAGGAAUAAAAGAUGCGAGAGAUGUCUCUUCGGUAGACAGUAAAAAAAGAAGAAGAAGAAGAAGAAGAAGGAAGGGAAGAGAGGAGAAGAUAAUUGUCCGACGAGGGGGGCAUUGAAACGGAAUUAUCGAGAGGGCGGAGAAUCGACAAAGAGCGAGAUGGAGCGAGGGGGGAGAGGGGCGAGAAAAGCGAGCCGUGUAUACAGAGAGGCUAUAGGGAAAGGCUGAGUGGAGGAGGGAGGGCAGAUUUAUAGGCAGAAAGGGGAGAAAAUGGAGAACCGGACGGGUGAGGAGAAACGAUGGAGUUUACGGAGAAAUCGAAGAGAUGAAGGGAGGUGCGUUCCUGGUAGCCGCGGAGAUACGAAAUUUGAAACGAUAAAUCGCGCGUGAGAUAAGGACGAGACGAAUAAAAGUGGCCGUGUGGAAACCGUGAGAAAGGGAAUAUGUAUUCGAGUAUAUUGGAGAUGAGAAAGAUAUAAAUAGACAUAGAAGGAACGUAGAAUGGAAAUGGUAGAGAGAAAAUUGUGGAAUGUGAAAAAGAGAAAGAUGUUUCUUCUCGAAAAGAAAUGUAUAGUAAAGGAAGUAAGCGAGAAAUUUCUAUACGUGAGUCUAAAGUCCUUCUAUUUUUCUUUUAAAUUUAAAUUAAUAAUAAUAUUAAAAAACGCGAAUUAACAAAUUCGAUCGAACAGAAGGAAAGAUCUUUGGAAUCGUUUCGAGCUUUCGAAAAUUUCACUAAUAACAGUUAUUGCGUCAAUAUUGUGCAAGACUUGUGCAACACCCGUUACAUUAACUAUACCUCCUUCGAGGAUUUGUUUCACGCGAGGAGAAAAUUUUAAUUUAAAAAAAACUCAAAUUCGAGGUGGACGAACGAAGUAAGAAUGCUUCGUUUGAUGGAAAAAGAAAAGGAAAAAGGAAAAGAAAGGAUUAUUCCAAAAAUAGCACGGGCGGAGAAACUCUUACACAACAAGAGCGCGUAAAAAUACGUAGCGAUAGAAAGCAAUCGUUUCUCCGAAUAAAGAUGCAAAGGAAUGAAAGAUGACGAGAGAAGAGGAAGAAGCGUUGGUUGGUUGGUUGGUGAAAGAGAAGGCAGGGCAGGCAGUAUUUCGAAUGCGUAUCACGGAACGCUACGAAAUCUCGGAUUCUAUUAACGGAGAAAUUAUAACGGAUUGACGGACGCAGGGAAUGGAUGCAAAGACGGAUGGACGGAGAGCCGCGAAAGAUUUCUCUUGAAUCGUAAAUACCGAUCACUCGCUUUACCGGUUAGGGGCCACGUUGCAUUUUAAACCACUUCCCGGUGCAUUCGCAAAUUGUGGCCAGAGCAACAAACGUGAUGGACAAACGUUGGGAGGAGGAGAUUGUCGUCGUCGUCGUCGAGGUGGAGAAAAGAAGAGAUUUUUUUUACGAGGCAAUAUGGAAAUACGUGGGGGAAAUACGUUUGCGCAUCGCCUCGUUUCCAGAUGAAAGGAGAGGUCUCGUUUUGUUAGAAAAGGAAUUGAUCGGAUAAAUCUGAUAAUAUCCGUCGUUUUCGAUAGAGAAAUGUGUGUUUUUUAUAAUUAUAACAUAUGAUGAAGCGAAUCUCUAUUCGUUCGAAUUCUAUGACGAAAAAAAAGAAAAAAAUUGAAGAACAUUGAAGAUUGACAGACGUCUCGCAAACAUGAGAUCAGUAAUUUGGCGUGCCAAACAACGGUAAAUUUAAGAACAAAUUUUAUUUUGUUAUAAAAAUGAAAAUUUUUUAAGGUUCAAAGAAUCAUGUGUUUGGUUAAUUACAAUUUUGUAAUCAGAUGCUAUCUUUGACAAUAAUAAAUUAUCUUCGAUACCAUCACCAGUUACUAUUAUUAAAUGCCUAUUUCAAUGUUACAUUGAAUAUAAAUCGUCCUCUUUUAUGGAAGAUAUGACUGGGUUAAUUUCAACAAUAAAUGAUCGAACACAUGAAAAUUUUAACAAUAAGAAUUCUAUCCUGAUAUACAAAUAAUUGUACGAUUAUUGGAGUUAAAAGUUUGCUAAAUGGUCGUUCUAAGAACAAAGUUUAUAGGAAAUAAUAGCGCGUACAAGAAGAAGAACGCGCUUCGAUAUCCUUUCACGAUGUACGAACAGAAAAAUGUUGUAUACACGAAGAAAAAUUCGCAUAUUUACGACAAUAAAAACUUCAAUCCAGAUGAUAUCAAUACAGUUUAUAAACAUCCGGAUGUUACUUAUAUCUGCGAAUAUAUAAAAGACAAAUUUUAUUUUGCAACGUUGUGCAACGGUCGAAAAGAAGUGAAAAGCACAUCUCACAUCCAUUUUUUUACAAUCGAUGACGAGCUAGUUUAUAACAAUUUCUAUCACGACUUUGGCCCCUUAAAUCUUGCUUGUUUAUACAAAUAUUGCCAUAAGGUAAACAAAAAAUUAGAGAGUCCAGGAAAUGAGCACAGGCAAAUUGUGCACUAUACUUCGUCACGAGAGCACAAAAGAGCAAAUGCCGCGUAUUUAGUUGCCUCUUUUGCAGUAUUAUAUUUGAACAAGAGUCCGAGAGAAGCUUACAAUACUCUUUUCAUGGGAGGCGAAAUUCCUAUAAAGCCGUUUCGAGAUGCCUCUAUGGGAUCAGCCAUUUAUAGCAUUCAUUUGUUAGAUUGCUUAAAUGCGCUUAAGAAAGCAGCAUCUUUUGGCUUUUUUAAUUUUAACGAUUUUGAUGUGGUUGAAUAUGAGAAAUACGAAGACAUGAGAAAUGGUGCUUUAAAUUGGAUGGUACCGCAAAAGUUUCUGGCAUUUGUUGGUCCAAGCACGGAACCAGGCACUCCCUAUCAUCCUCCUGAAUGUUACAUCGAUUAUUUUUUACAAAAUGAAGUCACUGCCGUAGUUAGAUUGAACAAGAAAGCGUACAAUGCAUCAAGAUUCACCGAGGUAGGAAUCACGCAUUAUGACAUGUUCAUGCCAGACGGUACGGUACCACCAAAAAGAAUUUUGAAUGAAUUUUUGAAUUUAAGCGAAAACACUAGUGGACCUAUCGCAGUUCAUUGCAAAGCUGGACUAGGAAGAACAGGUUCAUUAAUUGCUGCAUUUUUAAUAAAACAUUAUAAAAUGACAGCAAGAGAAGCUAUUGCUUGGAUAAGAAUUUGCAGACCUGGUUCCGUUAUAGGACACCAGCAAUCUUGGUUAGAAAAUAUUGAAAAAAUUUUGAUGAAUGCUGGUCAACAAUAUAAGUUGAAGUAUUAUGGUGAUGGCGAUAUAAUAUUACACCAUAAAUAUGGGAUUUAUUCGCUCGCGAGCAAAGCAGAAAAGAAAAUAUCACCAUACACAUCCGAAGGAGAAAAUACAGGUGGGAAU